UGGAAGCUGCCUGUACUUGGCUACUAAGCUCGUAGCUCUCGUCCCGAAGUCCGCUGCAGCGAACAUGGCCUCAGGAGUUCAGGUUGCAGACGAAGUAUGUCGUAUUUUCUACGACAUGAAAGUUCGGAAAUGUUCCACACCAGAAGAAAUAAAAAAAAGAAAGAAGGCUGUUAUUUUUUGUCUCAGUGCAGACAAAAAGUGCAUAGUUGUGGAAGAAGGCAAAGAGAUCUUGGUUGGAGAUGUCGGUGAUACCAUAACUGAUCCUUUCAAGCAUUUUGUGGGCAUGCUCCCCGAGAAAGAUUGCCGCUACGCUUUGUAUGAUGCAAGCUUUGAAACCAAGGAGUCCAGAAAAGAGGAGCUCAUGUUCUUCUUGUGGGCACCAGAACAAGCACCUCUGAAAAGCAAAAUGAUCUACGCAAGCUCGAAGGACGCCAUCAAGAAGAAAUUUCCAGGCAUAAAACAUGAGUAUCAAGCAAAUGGGCCAGAAGACCUCAAUCGGACUUGUAUUGCUGAAAAGCUAGGUGGCUCCUUAAUUGUAGCUUUUGAAGGAUCCCCUGUGUAGAUCAUCAGUCAAUGCCACAAAUUGAAAGCUUCCAUGUUUCACACUAGUUCUUUUCACUAUAUAAAUAAAGCAAAUAAAUUUAUUAGGCCAGGAUCUCACUGA